UAGACAUAGAUUCAUAAUCUUGAAGCUAUUAAAUAAUUAUUUCCCAUUCUAAAUUAAAUAAUGAAAAUUGGCAACUCAAGUUCAAGAUUUUCCAUUCUUUUUCUUCUACUGAACUCCUUUUUCUUCUGCUAUGGAUCUAAAUCCGCUUUCCGAGAUGACGAUAAACAAAUCGUAAACAUUGGCGGAAUCAUUGAAGUUAAUUCAAGAAUGGGCAGAGAAGAGAAAAUCGCUAUGGAAUUAGCUGUUCUGAACUUUAACAAUCAUUCAAAAUAUUACAAUCUUUCUCUUCACAUUCAAGAUCAUCAAGCACACCCUCUAAAAUCUGUUCUUGCAGCUGAAACAUUGAUAAAAGAGAAGUCGGUGAAAGCAAUUAUCGGCAUGGAGCGAUGGAACGAGGCCAGUUUAGUUGCUGAAAUCGGAAAUCAAGCUCAAAUUCCGAUUCUUUCAUUUUCCAGACCAGCUAUAACACCACCGUUAUCGCAAUUUCGCUGGCCGUUUUUGGCGAGAAUGGCUUACAAUAACUCUGAACAAAUGAAUUGUAUCGCAGAACUAACUCGGUUAUAUAAUUGGAGAAGAGUUAUAACAGUUUAUGAAGAUAAUGGUGAUUAUGGAGACUUGGCACUUCUGUCUCAGGCACUACAAAAGUCGGGUAGGAUGAUCGAGCAUAAUCUAGUUCUUCCAUCAAUUUCUUCACUAUAUGAUCGGAAAAAAAUUGUUAAAGAAGAGCUUAGGAAGCUGGAAGAAGUAAAAUCGCGAGUUUUUAUCGUUCUUCAGACAUCAUUGCCUUUGGUAAUACAUUUAUUUAGAGAAGCUAAGGAAAUGGGAUUCGUAGGGAAGGACUCGGUGUGGAUACUUACAGAAAGCGUUACGAGUUUUCUCGACUCUGUUGACAUUUCUGUUAUUUAUUCUAUGGAAGGUGCUCUAGGAAUCAGAACUACGUAUUCUGACAGUAGUAGAGAGUACACAAGUUUCUAUUCACAGUUUCGACGAAGUUUCAGGUCUGAGUAUCCUGAAGAAGACAAUUCCGAACCAGGGUAUUAUGCUCUACGAGCAUACGAUAGCAUUACAACAAUCACGAAGGCCAUGGAAGAAAUGUCUAACAAUUUUAGCAAUUCGAAAUCUUUCUUGAAUCACAUAUUACUAAGCGAUUUUACCGGUUUGAGCGGUCAGAUACAAUUCAAAGAAGGGGAGUUAUUGCAUAGUCCAACAUUAAGGAUUGUGAAUGUUGUUGGAAAAAAAUAUAAGGAAAUUGACUUGUGGGAGCCAGAGUUUGGAUUCAAAAGAAGUAGAACAGGCGACGAAGAUGUAAAUGAUGAUGGUGGUGUUAUCGGACUAGAAAGUCCGGUGAAUUGGCCCGGGGAUUUAAAACGGAGUCCGAAAGGAUGGGCAAUGCCUUCAAAUGCAAAGCCGAUGAUUAUCGGCGUUCCGGGGAGGACAGCAUUUUCGAAAUUUGUGGAAGUGGUGGAUGCAAGUAAGAAUAUAUAUGAUGGCUAUUGCAUUGAUCUGUUUCGUAAGGUGGAAGAGGUAUUGGGAUAUAAUCUGUCUUACAGAUUUGUACCAUACUACGGCACCUAUGACGAUCUUGUGAAUCAUGUAUAUAACAAGACUUAUGAUGCUAUAGUGGGAGAUAUUACAAUACUAGCUGAAAGGGUAGAUAAAGUGGAUUUCACUCAACCAUAUGCAGAAUCAGGUCUGUCUAUGAUAGUUCCUGUUAAAUCUGAAGAAUCCGCUUGGAUGUUUAUGAAGCCUUUUACUUGGCAAAUGUGGGUGGUCACUGUUGCCAUUCUGAUCUAUACAAUGUUCAUAGUUUGGUUCCUAGAGCACCAAAUUAAUCCCGAAUUUAGCGGUUCGUUGAAGAAUCAGGUCGGAACUACAGUUUGGUACACUUUCUCUUCUCUUUUCUUCGCUCACAAGGAGAAAAUUUACAGUAACUUGACUCGGUUGGUGAUUGUAGUAUGGCUAUUUGUUGUCUUGAUUUUAACUUCAAGUUAUACUGCUAGUCUGAGUUCAACGCUUACAAUCAAACGGCUACAGCCGAAUGUUACUGAUAUCGAAUGGUUAAUAAAGAAUAACUUACCAGUAGGAUGUGAUGGGGAUUCUUUUGUAAGGAAUUACCUGGUAAAUGUGCUUAAGUUCAAAUUAGAGAAUAUCAAGACUGUUAGUAGUGAAUACAAUUAUACUGAAGCAUUUCGGGAUCAAAAAAUCUACGCUGCCUUCGUUGAACUACCAUAUCAGAAAGUAUUCACCAAUCAAUACUGCAAGAAAUUCGUCGCGGCUGCACCAACCUUUACAUUUGGAGGAUUAGGCUUUGUAUUUCAGAGAGGCUCUCCAUUACGAGCUGAUGUUUCAAAAGCCAUAUUGAAGCUAUCAGAGAACGGAACGCUAAAAGACCUAGAAAAAAAGUGGUUUGCUCCAUCAUCAGAAUGUACGGGAAACGCAAAUGAUAAUGAAAAUGAAAGCUUGAGCCUGAAAAGCUUUUGGGGUCUAUACCUGAUAUCCGGUGCCACUUCUACAAUUUGUCUCCUACUCUUUCUGAUUCGCUCACUGAAAAAAUAUUGUCACUAUCGAAAGAUCAUACAAGGCAGUGCGACUCCAAGCGAAAAGAGUACAGUUUGGGGAAACACAAUUACUCUGGCGAAGUAUAUUUAUAACGGAGAAUCUGCUAUUCCUGGAAGGUCGUCGAAUUUUUCUCAAACACCGAAUGUGCAUGGAUGGAUCAUACCAAGCUGGGAAUCUGCCAGUUCCAGCAAUCCAGGGAGUUUUUCGGCCUCUACUCCACCUGAAAUAGAAGUAGUAAAUAUUCCUGAGAAUCUUCAGGAUUCUGAUCGCGAACUGAGGUCGGAAGCGUAAUUACCGCUCCUAACAUAUCAUAAGAGGAAGUAAAUUCUAUUUAAAUUUAACUCAAUAGAAGAAUGUAUAUAGAAUAUAUUGAUUUAUUGUUUGGUGUCACAUUAUUAUGAUGAAUUAAUGAUGUAAGGAAAAAUUAACUAAAUGCUCAUAAAUAAAAGCAACAUUUCUACAC